AUGAAACAAAUAGUCAUACUCUUUGUUUUGAUUUUAUUCGCAACAGCUUCUAGUGGUAAUUAAACUAAUUUAAAUAAUAGAUCUGCUAAAGUCAAUAACUAAAUUUGUUGAUGAAGGAGAUUAUUCUUCCAAAUUUGCUAAAAGUAAAGUAAAUCCAUUUUCUGAAGAAGAAUCAGAAGAAUAUGAUGAUGAUGAUAAUGAAACCUCAAAGAAAAUGGCUUCAAAUUCUUAAUAGAGUGAAGAUGAUGAAGAAGUUGAUGUUAUGGCUUAAUUGAAAAGUUAUUAACAGAAACUAUCCACAAAUAAAGAUGUUAAGCCACCUUUACCUCAAAAGAAAUAAGUUCCUGUUAUUUCUGAAUCAGAGUCUGAAUAUGAUGAUGAAGAUGACAGUGGUAAUAUGUGGAGUAGAGGAAUAUCAAAAAAAUUAGCUUAAACUGAAUCCAAACCGUUAGUGUUACCAAUAUAAACAGCUAAAGAAUAAAUUAAGAAUGACUUCAAUUAGUUUACAAGUUUAAAAAUGCCUGAAGUUCAAUAAAGACCUUAAGAAACUAAAGUACAAGAUAAAAGCUAAAAAGUUUAAGAUGAUUCUGGAUAAGAACAUUCAGCUGAUUUUGAAAAAAUGAAAUAAGCUUAAUUAGAAAAAUAUAGCAAAAGAUUUCAUCUUGAUGAACCUAAAGAGUCUAAAAGUAUGUAUGAAGAUGAUAGCUUAAAAGAAUUCAUGCCAAAAAUUAAUUUCUAACCUAUCAAUAUAUAAGAAACAAAAACUUCAUAAUAGAUUUAAAUAAGUCCAGAAAAAAAAUAAGAAAACAAACACUAAGAGAUAGAAAGUGAUGAAAGUGAAUCAGAUGAAGAAGAUGAAGUUUAUUAAAUUAAUAAAAAGAAUUCUUAAUCAAAUAAUAAAAUUACUAAUGAUUUAUAGUCCUCAUCUGAUGUAUUUGAUUUCUUUAAGUAAAAUAAACAAUAAUAAUAAUAAAAAUCAAAUAGUUAAAAUCCAAAAGUUGAAUCAGAAUCAGAGGAUGAAGAUAGUAUUUCUAAUGAUUAAAAGGACGAAUCAAUGGAAGAUGAUGAUGAUUAUGUUUAGAAAGUGAAGAAAACAAAAAAAUAAAAAAUUGAUAAAGAAGAAGUAAGAAGGAAAGAAAAAUAAAUAUAAUAAUAAUAAGAGGAAGAAGAAGAGCAAAGAAAGUUAAUGUAGAAAAAAGAGAAAGAAAAAGAAUAAGAGGAAUUGAGAAAAAAAUAAGAGGAUGAAGAUUAGAGAUAAAUGGAACUAUAAAAAAAAUAGAAAAUUAAAAAAGAUUCUGAAGAAGAUUAAAUUAUUUAAAAGAAAAAAUAGAAAAAAUAAAAAAAGUAAUUAAGUUUAGAGGAGUUUUAAGAAUCUUUGAAAUUAGAUGAAUAGAAACCAUAAUCAACAUCUUUUGCACAAAAGGAUGCAAAAGAAAAAAUAGUAUUGGAGUAGAAGACAUUUACAUUAAUGAAGGAAACUCCAUAAUAAGUUUAAGAAUAGAAAGUGUUCAAAUUAUAAGCAAUCCCUAAAAAACAAUAAUAGCUAAUUUAAGAAGAAGAAUCAGAAUUAAGUUCUGAAAGUGAAGAUGAUGAGGAAAUUGAGACUCCUAAAUCUAUUAAUUGUUUUGAAAGUAAGAACAAAUUUAUAUAAUAAAUCUGUUAAUUAUGUUAAACUAAAGUGGCAUAUUAGGUUAAUUAAUAGAAUUGGUAGAAGAUUGGAAUAAAUGAUGGUUUCAGGUAUUUAUUAAAAAUUGUAUCAUAUAUCUUAGGAAUUUAGGCAAUCCUUUGAGCCGCUAAUCGAGUUCACUUUCAAAAGUAUAGGUGAAAUUGGAUCAUAUUAUUUAAGUUUUAAAGAUCAUACAGUUUGUUUGAGUGCUGAGAAUUUAGAAAAGAUUGUAUAUAAUAUAGUUUAUGAUUUUUAGACAAAUGUGGAUAAAGUAUUGAAACAUUUCACAGGAAAUUAGCUAGCUGAUUAUAAUUCGCCAAUGGAUAUUCCAGCUAAAAGUCAACCAAUAAACUUUUUAUUAAGUGCAGAAUAUGGUAUAAAAAAGUAGACAAUAAAAUAGAUUCUUUAUUAAAUGGAUUUUCAUGUAGAAGAUUUUAAAUAGCUAUAAAGACAGAUUUGAAAUAUAAAUUGAGUAAGAAAAAUGAUAUAAAUGUUAAGCAAAUAAUAUUUUAUAAAAAUAAGGUAAAAUAAAAUUUAUGAAUAUAGUUAAAAUUAAAAUAUAUUGGUUUGAUUUAAAUAAAUGGUGUUGUUCAUUAAGCUAGUUUUGAUUAGGAAGAAGGAGGAGAAGCUACAAAUUUAAUAGUUACUUAAUUGAAUUUGCCAAAAGAAUAAGGUGUAAUAGCUAAUUUGAUUGAUAAAUACAUAGAUAGUAAUUUUGCAAUAGAUAUAUUGGAGAAAUCAGGUAGUUAUAUAAUAUUAGAUUUAAGAAUAAAUGAUGGCUGAUUUAUAGAUACAGACUCAUAUUAAGAAUGAUGAAAUAGGAUUAACAUUUAAUUUAAGAAAGAGGAAAGGGAAAUGA